CUAAGCCCUGAGCGCCCAAAGUACCCAGUCUCCACGAUGCUUAGUUUCAGUUCUUUUGCCUUCAUCCUACCUUGUCUUCUCUUUCUGUUCAUGCUCAUCAAAAUUCUCAAAGCAAAACGUUCCAAUGCUUUGAAGUUACCCCCGGGGCCAAAGAAACUGCCCCUCAUCGGAAAUUUGCACCAGUUGAUAAGUCCCGAGCUGCCACACCAUCAUCUGAGUAACCUAGCGAAAACCUAUGGUCCCAUUUAUCACCUCAAGGUCGGCGAGCUCACGUUCGUCAUUCUUACGUCUCCUGAAAUUGCCGAAGAGGUCCUGAAGACGCACGAGAUCAACUUUGCCCAGAAGCCAAUAUUCCAGUCUUUAGAGAUGAUGUUCGACACGGACUCAAGCUUCAUGUAUGCCCCUUACGGAGAAUAUUGGAGGCAGCUUCGUAAGAUUUGUGUCUUGGAACUUCUCAGCGUCAAACGCGUUCGGUCUUUCAAAUCAGUAAGAGAUGACGAGAUGGGCAAUCUGGUCCAGUCCGUGCACUCGUUGCAGGGUCGCCCUCUCAAUCUCUCCAACAAGAUCUCUUCAUGCUUAAAUUCCAUAAUAUCCAAAGCAGCAUUUGGUGAAAGCUACAAGCGCCAGGAGGAGUACCUUUCAGCUCUUAAAGACGCUGUCGAGCAGGCCGGCGGUUUUAGCAUCGCGGAUGUUUUCCCGUCCCUCAGAAUCCUGCGUUACAUUGGGGGGACGAAAUGGAGGCUAGGCAGCAUUCGGCGAAGAUGUGAUCAAAUUUCGAAUCGUAUUCUCAAUGAUCAUAAGAGGCCGAAAGAAAACUUGAGUACCAAGGAAGAUAGCCUUGUCAAGGAAGAUUUUGUCGAUGUACUUUUACGGAUUCAAGAGUCGAACGAACUUGCGUUUCCUCUUACUGACAACCACAUAAAAGCUGUCAUCCUGGAAUUCUUUGGUGGCGGAACCGAUACUUCAUCGGUAACAGUAGAAUGGGCGAUGUCGGAAUUGCUCAAGAACCCACAAGUGCUGGCGAAGGCGCAGACCGAGGUACGCGAGGCCUUGAAACGAAAGGAUCAAGUGCAAGACUCGGAUCUCGAAGAUCUCAAGUACUUAAAAUCAGUGAUCAAAGAGACUCUCAGGUUACACCCUCCCGUACCAUUAGUCCCCAGAGAAGCAAGGCAAGCAUGCAAGAUCAAGGGCUAUGAUAUACCCGCGAAAUCAAGGGUGCUUGUUCAUGCCGGGGCAUUAGGAAGGGAUCCAAAUCGCUGGAAAAACCCCGAAAAAUUUGAGCCGGAGAGGUUUCUUGAAUCAUCAGUAGACUUCAUUGGGACAUAUCACCAUUUUGUUCCAUUUGGGUUUGGCAGGAGGGUGUGCCCGGGCAUCGCAUUUGCUAUGGCAAAUGUUGAGCUCUUAGUAGCAGUCUUGUUGUACCAUUUCGACUGGGCACUUCCCAAUGGGCAAACUCCUGAAGAACUGGAGAUGACCGAGGCUUUUGAGGCCACGGUCCGCAGAAAGAGCGAUCUUUAUGCGAUCGCCACCCCUCACAACCAUGGCCAUGCCUAAUAAAGACGACUUGUUGGUUGGGGUGGCCAUUCUUAUUGCGCCAUCGUGCUCAUGCCAAUCAUCUAUUUCAUCCCGCGUCAUAGUUAAGAAAAUAGAGUCUCUAAACAGGGACUAGAAACAUGUCAAAUCGUGUCGGUCUUGGUUUUUAUCGUAUUGGCUUUAUAUGCCAAGAUUUGGAAUUUCUCUCUUUA